AUGCCUCGCGCGGCGCCCUCCUGCACGCCCUUCCGCCUGCUCGCGGUCGCCGCCCUUUCACUGCUGCACCUCCGCCUCUUCCUCGCGCGCUACUUCUCCCAGCCCCCCACGCCCUUCCGCAACUGCCCCGACACCGCCGCUGACGUCUCCGCCUUGCGCUCGGCGUUCCGCAAAUGCCAGGGGGAGCUCGUGCACCGGCGCGUGGCUGCGCGGAGUGCUUAUAACGAUGCCUCGGCAGGCGGGGGGGAUCUCGAUGAGCGGUGGCUCGCCGAGAGCGCAGUCGCCGCCGUGCAUCACGGCGCUGGGGGCGGCGGGGAGGGCGGCGCAGAUUCUGUUUCCGCGGAGUACGCGCGGAAGCGGGACGCGCAUCUGACGCGCUUGCAGGCGGACAGGCUGAGCGAGUGCGCCGCAUCUGACGCGGAGUUAAAGCAAUUCCUGCGCUUCUAUCCGCACGCCACGUGUCCCAACGACUGGGAGCUAGCCCACCGCCUCCGCUUCACCGACCAUUGCCACGUCAUCCCUCCCCGCGCGUGCCUUUCCACCACCCCCCCUGACCCCGUGGAGCCCCCGCCGCAUCCGGAGGCGCUCUGGACGCCGCUAGACGGGCGCAGCGUGCGGUGGGAGCGCUACGACUGCGCUGACGUGGCAUGCGUCGAACGCAAGCUGGCAGCAUUUGCUGCAGGCGCUGCUGCGGACGCUGCAGCUGUAGCGGCUGUAGCGCGAGCGGUCAACUCGAGCCUGGACCCCUUCCCCUGGGAGCGGCGCGAGGGGGAGGGCAAGCAGGAUGAGCGGGGGAGGGGGAGGACCGGGCGGGCAGGCGGACAGAAUGGGGGGGUAAGGGAGGGAGGCACGGCGAGUGGAUGCAGCAGGGAUGGAUGGGCGGGUGGGACCGCGUGCUUCCAGUUCACGCGCCCCUCCGCCAGCAGCGCGAGCAGCGGCGGCAGCAGCGGCCGUGGAAGUUCCAGUGGCAGUAGUGGCAGUGGCAGGAGCGGGCGCAGCAGCAGCCCCAUGACUCGUGCUGCGAGUGGCAGUGUGGAGGAGGCAGGCGCGUGGGAGAUGUUCCACAUCCGCCAUCUGAUGCGCCUCAAAGGGGGCGCUGUGCGCUUGGGGCUGGACCUGGCCGGCGGAACAGGGCAGUUUGCCGCCCAGAUGGCGCUGCACAAUGUGACCAUCCUCACUGUGCAUGGCAGCAGCAGCAGCAGCAGCAGGGUGGCGGUGCCAUUUCAAGAGGCAGUGGCGUGGCGGGGUCUGGUGGCAGUGGACAUGCCUCUCACAGCGCGCAUUCCCUUCUUCGACGCCUCACUGGACCUCCUCCAUGCCACCGGCUCCGCCGGCCCUGCCCUCCUGCACGGCGUCGACGCUCUGCCGCCCAGGGACUUCCACCUCGCACUCUUUGACUGGGACCGCGUGCUCAGGCCGGGUGGCAUUCUCUGGCUGGAAGCGAUAGAGCACAGUGCGGAUGCGAUGCCGCUGUACGAGGCUGCUCUGGAGCGGCUGGCGUAUCGCGUUGUGUUUGUGAGGAAGCUGGAUGCAGUGGUGGGAGGUGUGCCACACAGGCAUGUGCAGAGAUUGUGGGUUGUUCUGGAAAAGCCAGUUGAGCGGAGGGCUGCGGCCAGUUCGGACAGUCAGGGGAAAAAGGGGAAAAUGAGCAAACAAGUGCACUCCUUUGAUCCAAAUGUUCUGACUUUGAUGAGCUGA